AUGGUUGCUUCGGUUCCGAACAAGUUGGACGAAUCUGAGAAGCCCGAGGGAGGAAACUCCACCGUCGCCACGGCAGGCGACACGGCAGGCGACACGUUGGGCCCAGACACUGUCGAUGCACUUCACAAGCCCGAGGAGAGGAGCGGCUCAGCCGUCGACAUGCCAAACGACGACCUCAAUGACGACAACCCUCCCGUCUACAAGGCACCGUCGUUCGCAGACGAGAAUCCCGAUGACAAGGAGAACAACACGGCGAAGUCUGAGCCCCGUAUGCCCGCACCCGACGGCAACAAGGCCUCUGGUGGUGGCGGCGGCACGGACCGUGAUCGCCGCCAAGGGGAACCAAACGAGCCCGCGGAGGGCCAGGAAGCGCACUUUUGGGUAUUCGGCCCGGGCGGGGAAUUGGUCGCAUCCGACCGCAACAGACAGGGACAAAACGAGCCCGAGGACGAUGAACAGGGUAUUGUGAUAUUCGAUCUGCUUGAACGACUGAAUGCUCAGGCGUCAGGCACCGGGCCACGCCAACCCCAGUGGGCCCACCCCCCCAGAGCCCCUACCACUACCACCCGCACCGCCGGCCGGGGUGGCCGAGGCGACGCUAACUCAGAAGAGCAUGAUAUGGACGACAGGAGGCGUCGUAUCCUAGCGACCUUUCUAGAAUCUUGUCCGGGAUGGUCCGGACACGGAGGCCACUCCCACGGUGCAGCGCGUGGCCAGGACCACCGGCAGAGCGCGGCCCCUCGUGACGACGGGUCAGGCCUCGACGACCGGGCGGCGACGAGCACGCGCCCGUCCGACCGCCCCGUCGGCCGCAUUCCCGGAACGUCCGUCGUCAACGGCCACGACAUUGGUGAAGGCUCCAUGGCGACCUUCGGUGCGAUGAUCAGACUGAUCUGGGAGGAAUUGGGCGUGCCCGGCAUCCUGACUUCGGCCGCCCUGCUCGCGGGCGCCGCGGUCUGCAUGGCCACCUCUCCGUGGAUCUACUAUUUCGUUUUUGCACUCUACGCGCUCGGGGUGCACCAUUACCAGGACAUGAAGGAACGGGUCAGUGAUUUGGGCAAGUCACUGGAUCGGGCGGUGAAGGACGCCGCCCAAGCGAAGGAGGACGCUGCCCAGGCCAAGAGAGACGGCGCCCAGGCCAAGAGGGCCGCCGUCGUAGCCAACGCAAAGAAGGCCUGA